AAAUUUUCCUGUGAGAUACUCUCAUUUCAGUGACAGAAAGGAAAAGAUACUUCUCAUGGCGGGACGAAAUCAGCACCGCCUCACUCCGACCGAAAUCCGUCUAAAGGAGGACCUUAUCGCCGCCCGCAGCCGCGAGAUCCAAACCCUCCUUCUCGACAAUCAGCGCCUUGCCGCUUCCCAUGUCGCGCUCAAGCAGGAUGUCCUCGCCGCGCAGCAGGACCUCCACCGCCUCUCCGUCACCGCCUCCUCCGUCAAGGCCGAGAGGGACGCUCAGGUGCGAGAGGUCUACCAGCGCUCCCUCAAAUUGGAGGCUGAGUCUCGCUCCGCGGACGCCCUCUCCGCCGAAUCCAACCGCGUUAGGGCUCAAAUCCAGGACCUUAGGGCUGAGCGCGACCAAUUAUCGGUCAAAUUGAAGGAAGUCCAAGACGAUAUAGCGAGGACUCAGCCCGAGCAGAAGGAAUUCUCUGACCUCAAGGCUGACAUUGAGGCAUUGCGUAGAGAAGUGCAAAAAGGAAGGGCUGCAGUUGAAUAUGAAAGGAAGAUGAAGGCCACCAACUCUGAACUAGGUGAAGUAAUGGAGAAGCACCUGAGAUCCAUGGCUCGUGAGGCAGAAAACUUGCAUGCUGAACUUGCAGAGAAGAGAGCUAUGGCAGCCGGUGUAGGUUCAGGAACAUCUGCCAACCCAGCUCCAGGACAUGCCGUUCCCCAAAGCUUUGUUGAACCUGGAGUUGGUAGAAAUUCAGUACCCGAUCAGCAUGCUGUUCAUCAGGGUAUGACUCAUGUACCUGGAGGGCCUCAUGGUCCCAAUGACAUGCAAAGGUAGCUGCAAAGCAGAAUGGUUGGUUACCCUCUUCUCCUUCAUCAGUGAAUGUUGGGAGAGAACUAAAGGCCUUCACAUAUUGAGAUAUUUAGACUGACUAAGGGUCCCUGAAAAAUGAAGAUGUGGUGGUGUCAUCAAACGCCAUUUUCGUAAUUCUCGAUCGAUUUGGCAAUAUCGUAAAAUUUGUAAGUUGCGGCACUAGAUAAGAAUGAUUUAAUUACUGGUUAUAUAUCGAUGAUCCCUGAUGAUCUUAUAGGAUGACUUUCGAUACUAUAAGUUUAAUUCAAAAAAUUAAACUCAUUCUAGAGCGCAACUUGAGAGGCAACAGAUCUGAAAAAAUUUGAUUUCUAGAUAUUCUCUUAACGAUCAGAAUAUACCUUAUUGAAGAUCUUUUUUAUCUAUACGGGUGGUACAUGAUUAUUUAUACAAUUGUACUACCUCCGUCCUUUAAAAAUAGAAACCAUUUCCUUUUUGGUCCGUCCCUUAAAUAAAUAAAUAUAGAAACAUCUACUUAAGGAAACUUUUUUGUCUCUAAUGAUGUGGGAACCAUUCUCCUCUAACAAUAUUUCAGCCAUCAUUUCUUGUCCUCUCUUUGAUACUUUACCAAUUAUGCAUUAAUACCCGUGUCAUUUCAAAGUUUCUAUUUUUAAAUGUAACACCCGUCUUUUUAGAACCUCUUCACGUUGAGUUUUGUUUUAAGAACGAGCGAGUGAUAGACCUUAAAUAAAAUACUGUCUUUGUUUCGAUUGACUGUGAAUGAAAUUAGUGAAUGCUUGAUCGUUGUUGGUUAAUCGCGUGGUGAAAGUAUUCGGCAAGAUUGAUGUGAGUGUCGAUGGAAAUAUUAGGUGUUCUUAUUUAAUCACCAAAAUACUAAAAAUAAAAUACCAAUAAAUACUCUAAACCAAAUAUUUGGGCUUAUCUUUUUACCUCCCAUGUUUAUAGCUUUUAUUCCUUUUUGGUUGACCGAUUUUGAGAAGCCAAAAUAUAAAUUAAUUAUUCUUCUACUACAGUCAAAUUCUUAGUCAAAAUAAAUUCCCUCUCCUAAAUCCACGUCUCCACCGUUG